UGUAGAGCAGUUCACAACCAUGACAUCUACACAACCGAGGAUCAUUCUUUUAUUCAGUGGGAAGCGAAAGUCAGGGAAGGACUAUGUGACAGAUUUAAUACAGAAAAGACUGACAGAAGAGAUGUGCUGCAUACUCAGACUGUCUGCUCCUCUCAAACAGCAGUAUGCUAAGGAUCAUAGUCUUGACUACGAGGAGCUGUUGGGUUCUGGUCAGUAUAAGGAGAGUUAUCGUGCUGACAUGAUCCGCUGGGGUGAGAUGAAGAGACACCAGGACUCCGGCUUCUUCUGUAGACUGGCCAUCAAACAUGCCACACAGCCCAUCUGGAUAAUCAGUGAUUGCAGAAGGAUGUCAGACGUGCAAUGGUUCCAUGAAGAGUUUCCUGAGAGAUGUAUCUGUGUUCGGGUGGAGGCUUCAGAGCAGACGAGAUCACAGAGGGGCUGGAGAUUCAACAAAGGUAUAGAUGACGCCGAGUCCGAGUGUGGUUUGGAUGAGGGUGUGAAGUUUGACUUUAUCAUUAGGAACGAUGGAGCUGAUGACGUUCUGGAGAAACAGCUGGAGGAUCUACUGUCUUUGAUCAAGUCACCGGAGGAGGAAUCAAACACACAGAAUAACAUUAAACCAGUAUAAUAAAAGUUGCUUUUUUGGUAUCAGUUCAUUUAUCAUGCUCAUUGAAGAACUUGCAAAAUCUUCUGUAUUUCAAUGGAUGGCUCUCAUCAUAAUUUACUCACCCUCUUUGUUUAGGCAUUCCUAAACAUCUCUUGUUAUUCUCUUUUUGUUACAAAAAAGAUCAUUCUUUGCCUAUAUGUUAUAAACAUAUAUAUCAUUUUGUAUAUACUCUAUUUUUGAUGAAUGAUGAUUAAAAAGUACCAUUAUGUUUGGUGCUUUCUGUGUACAAUAUUAAUGUAUUUAACUAUACAAAUGAAAAAUUCAAAUUUCAUCCUCGAAUUGCUGAGGGGUGAAAGAACUGUGACUGUUCUUGUUAAAAACACAUAAAAGUAGUCCAUAUGG